CGCAUGACGUCAGCACGCAUCAGCGGUCGGUCGCUGGGCGGUGAACAGGCAACGGCAGUGUCGCGAGGAGGGAGAGGGGCUACGAUGGUCCUCAUCAAGGAGUAGCGUGUGGUUUUACCCUGUAGUGUCGAGGAGUAUCAAGUGGGACAGCUGUUCUCGGUGGCUGAAGCAAGUAAAAAUGAGACGGGCGGCGGCGAGGGCAUCGAGGUGCUCAAGAACGAGCCCUACGAAAAGGACGGCGAGAAAGGACAGUACACGCACAAAAUCUACCACAUAAAGAGUAAGUCCCAGCAUUUGUCAAAUGAUCGCUCCUAGGCUCCGUUUCCAUGAAAAGCCUGGAAUGCGUACCUUACUGCAGACCAUCGUGACGAAUGAAUACAUGAAAGACAAUUUCUUCAUUAAGAUCGAGACGUGGCACAAACCAGACCUCGGAACACAAGAAAAUGUGCACAAACUAGAUGGUUCCACGUGGGACAGUGUAAGUGUUGUUCCCAUUGACAUUGCAGACAGAAGUCAAGUGUCCAACGCUGACUACAAGCCAGACGAGGACCCUGCCACGUUCAAAUCAGCGAAGACCGGCCGAGGACCCCUCGGGCCCACCUGGAAGAAAGAGCUGGUUAGUAACGCUGACUGCCCGCGGAUGUGUGCCUACAAACUGGUCACAGUCAAGUUCAAGUGGUGGGGCCUGCAGACCAAAGUGGAGAGCUUCAUCCAUGAGCAAGAGAAGAGGAUCUUCAAUAACUUCCACCGCCAGCUCUUCUGCUGGAUUGAUAGGUGGGUGGAGCUGAGCAUGGAGGACAUCCGGCGGAUGGAGGCAGAGACACAGAGGGAGCUGGACGAGCUUCGCAGACGGGGAGAAGUACGAGGAACUACUGCUGCAGACGAAUAAAACAAGGCAAAGGAUUCUUUUUUUAAAACUCCCACCAUGACCGCAGCGACGGAGACUGCUACGAGGGCUCCUUUAGUGCCACUUCUUUUUACCAGAACUGAUCUACAGGGGGGGAAGGAG